GAACGUUAUAGCGAAAUGAUAUGUCUCGAAACUGAAUACUUCGUUAUAAGUAAGCCUCUUUUGAAGGCUAUUGGUUUAUGGCCCUACCAACAAUCAGCACUUAUUUGGUUUCAAGUUAUACUUUUCUCAGGAAUCUUGGCGACUGUGAUCAUAUUUCAGCUGACAACAUUCGUAACUUCAAAAUGUACUACUAAUUUUGUCAUAAAAAUUCUGUCAAAUGCAUUUUUUUUUCUAACCUUAUUAACUAAAUAUACCUCAUUCCGUCUUCACAUAAAUGUUAUAAAGGAUUUACUGACGCAACUUCAAGAUACAUGCAACCAAAUAACAGAACCAAACGAAAUAGCUAUUAUAAGAAAAUAUGGCUAUAAUGCAAGACGUUAUACAUCUAUAUUUAGAACGUUUUUUCUUUCCACCGUACCUAUCACCAUCAUCGGACAAGUUUUACCGAACAUUUUUCACAGUGUUCUAUCUAACAAUGAAUCUCGUCCACAUAAUUUGCAAAUCACGAUGGAAUACUUUAUCGAUCAACAAAAAUACUUUUAUUUCAUCCUAUUUCACUUAAAUACAGCCAUUUGUAUAGGAAUAAUUACAACAGCAGCGGUAGGAUCAACGUUUAUUGCAUAUUUUCAAUACGCUUGCGGAAUGUUUAUGAUUGCCAGUUUUCGUAUAGAAAACGCGAUGGAAAAUAAUAAAUUACAAGAUAUUAACAAUAAACAUUUUAUACUCAUCGGGCUAAGUCGUGCUGUAGAAAUGCAUCGGCAAGCUGUGAAAUUGUGCGAUCUUUUAAUAUGCAGAUUUGAGACAAUGUAUUUCUGUUUAAUAGUAUUUGGAGUGAUUUGUCUCAGUCUGAAUCUUCUUCAAAUUUUUCAGACUAAAGAAUCAGGAGAGAUCCAGGAAUUCGUAUUAUCCAUUGUUCUAGUAGCUGUAUGCGGUUUCUAUAUGUUUGUAGCUAAUCUAGUUGGACAAGAUAUAACGGACCACAAUGAUGAGAUAUAUGUUACCGUAUACAACGUUCAAUGGUAUAAAGCUCCUUUACACAUACAAAAAAUAAUACUCUUCCUGUUACAAAGAGGUGUUAAAUCUUUUACACUGACUAUCGGUGGACUAUUCGAUGCAUCAUUCGAGUGUUUCGCUACGUUGGUAAAAGCUUCGGUCUCUUACUUUACUGUCUUAUAUUCGACACGAUGAUAUGGGAACAGAAUAUUAAGAAACAUAGUAGUAAUACUAUUAAAGUUUUAAUACAUGUAUAUUCUGUAAUAAUAAAAUUGGAAAAAUAGUUUAUUCUCC